AUGGGUAUCGACGACGACGCGCCCCGUCCUUCCAGGUCUUCGAAUCCCUUGGAGAAAUGGUCACAGGUAAUUCUAAUUGAUACAUUUCUGGAUUCAAAGUUCAUAAUCGUUCAAGCAGGCAACGACGAGCGCUUUUGGUUAUUUCGAGUCGUUGAAAGGACAAGGCUCGAGUUUGGCCAAAAAUCUCAAAAGUUUCGGGAACAAGUUGAUGAAAGAUGGAGCUAUGGGGGAGGUAUUCGAAAGAUUCGAGAUCUUUUCAAUAAAUCAUAGUUUUAAGGGCGCCCAAGAAGAGAAAGAUUUGAGAAUAGUAUGGCUGACGAAUCGUUUGGCUCUUGCCGAUACCCAUCAUCGCUCUUCGGAGGAUCUGAUCAAGGUUUCAAUGAAGACAACUUUUCCCUUGAUUCACUGAUUUUAAGGCUGAAAAGGCACUGAUCCGAGAAAUGUCCGAUUGUCAACCCUACGUCGUGGUCAACGUGAAUGCAAUGUCAGUUUACAAAAAAAGUCAUUUAUUAAAGUUUUUUGAUUAUCUUCUGAAAAGUUUUUCAUGGUGCUUUCAAUUCUAUGCUUUAAAAUAGCUUAUGAGGUCAUAGAAAGGAAGGUCAUUUUAACUGUUGUUGAGAAUUUCCCGAAAAAGUGGUCUGGACACCCCUUGAUGUACCAAAAGAAGAUUCUGAAAGUUUUAACCUGCCCAACUUCCUCGUUUUGCAGCAAUAAAGCCUCAAAAUAGUUCAUUUUGAUGGAUUUUGAGCGUUUUCUUUGAACUUAAAAAAAGUAGAAAGUUAUGCAGUUUAAGGAUUUCAGAAUCUUCUUCUGGUACAUCAAGGAGUGUUCUAGCCAAUUUUCAGGUAUAUCCGAACCGCAAAUUAAAAUGUCCUCCCUUGCCCGUAAGAAGUACUCGUAGAAGUUCUUACCAAAGUUAUUCGAAGCCGUGUAAGCCUUUCUUUCUCUCCUUUGUGUUUGAAAUGUUCUAAAGAACUUUUGAAUCAACUAUAUAUUCAAAAAAUGAACUUCACAUGAAUCAAAAUGGCUCCAAACGUCGCGUUGCGUUCAGAAUUUCAAUUUCGAUGCUCCCCUUAUAAGUGCGCCCGACUCUGAGUGACUUUCACGAAGAGACCGCUCAAAAGUAGACUUUUUAUCCUUAAAAAAAGAUAGUGAAAGACGAAAUUCAUAUAUUUCUGUAUUUCAGCCCGUUGCAACUCGACGGAUACGCGAAAGCCGUCCAAGUUCCCAUUGGAAGUUUACAUCGGGAUAAUUUUUUGAAUCCGCCAAGUCUUCGGGCUCUGUUGCCGGUAACUUAUUUAAGAAUCAAAAAUUUUUCAAAUGAAGUUUCCAGAUUCUGAACGAAUACUCCUUAUUGACCAAUGAUGCGGCGAUCGUUUUAUUCGGUUCUGAAGGUUUUUUUUAACUUGUUGAAAAUUAGAUAUGAAACGUGUGAGGAAAAAAUUCAAGAUUCAGGUUUAUAAUUAGAACUUUUGUAAUCGGAUAAUUUUUUCUUUAUUAAUGCGUGAGAAAUUUAAGAGAACAGGGGAAAAAUGUUUAGUUUGUGAUAAUAAAUCUUUUCUCGGAAAUCAGUCUUUGUCCCCGAUUGCUUAAUUGACAGAUAAAUUAACCAUUUGCAACCUUUUUUCCGAAACUAAUGGAUUAAUUACUUUUUCCGGGAAGUUUUGAAUAUUUAAACCUUUCUAGCACAACUGAAACUUAUAAAAAAAGCUUUGUAUAACAUCCAUUUGAACUUUUUUUGGAAUCAGCGAUUUUUUUAUAGACUGCUAUGUCCAAAAAAAGCUAGAUAGAACUAAAAAAAUAUAUCAAUUUACAUAAACGUUUCUUCUUCUAGUAAGGGGACUGGCUGCUUUAUUUCUAACCUUUUCCAGAGAAUUUUAGGCUUAACACGCUGUCUCUGUAACUGUCAAAAACAACGGGUACAAUAAAAAAAAAUAUUUUUUGAUUCUCAUGAAACUUCAUCCAGUGUGAUAACCCAUCAUCAGAAAUGCGGACCCAACUUUUUGAGCCAUUUCCCCCUACUGUAGCCGGGUUACGGUAGGCAGGUGGGCACCUGCGUAUCUUAGUAUUGAGGGGUUUUUACUAGGCAAGUGAUAUAUCAAUCGAUAGGUAAUCCAAUUUUAGGAACUUUUACAGUACACACCAACUGGGGUUACUGUAAGCAUUUUCGAGUUACGGUAAUUUUUGUGUUUGGAAAGUCGGUUUUUCGGUCACCCUGGUCGUCGGCAUAGAAUCGCAUCGUGAUUGCUUCCAUGGAAUAUGCCCUCCAGUAUGCUUUACACGAUGCCACAAAAAAAAGUUAGAAUUUCUAAACCUAACAUCUCGAGAUUUCACUCCGAACGCGCGCAACUUGGCUCUUGGCGGCCAGGGUUGGUCGGGGUUGACGAUUUUUCACAUUUUUCUUUUGUUAGAUAUUGGUGUAAAACUUUUUUUGAUUGUAACUACAGUGUGUUGUGUAACAUUCAAAGGAGUUUUGAGAGACUUUUAUGCUACAUAUUCAGCUGAAACUUCGUUUUGAACUCAACUUUGGCUUGAAAAAGCGCGAUUCCCUUCGGAAAGUCGAUUUUUUUUCUACUUUCCAACUGUCCCGCAGUUUCCAAAGCUAUCAAAUAUGAAACUAGCAUCUUCAAGGUAACAAUUCAUGAGACUUUUCUUGAAUUCCACCAAACCUGUCCUGCCGAAACUACGUUUUGAACUUACUAAUGGCUUGAAAAAGCAAUUUUUGCUUUGAAAAACAGAUUUUUAAAAAUUUCCAACUGUACCGCAGUUUCCAAAGCUAUCAAAUAAGUGACUGACAUCUUCAAAGUUAUCAUUCAUAAGACUUUGCUCAACUUUCACCGAACCUGUCUCGCCAAAAACUCCUUUUGAACCCUUUUUGGCUUCGUUGGUAAGUUUGAAGUUUGACUUUUGAGCCUUGUUGCUUCGUUUUUAUCCGAAAAUGGUAAGAAGUAACAUUUUUGUGAGAAAAAAAAACGAUGCAGAAAAGCGAGAAACGAAAAUUUCGCCAUCGUUGGCAGAAAAUUAAGGCACCUUUGCGCCCCACCGAUAACACUCACGAGAGGCCGAAUUUGAGAUUUUUUUUGACUAUAUUCAAUAUUUAUAGUUUCAGCUGAAUAUGUAGCAUAAAAGUCUCUCAAAACUCCUUUGAAUGUUACACAACACACUGUAGUUACAAUCAAAAAAAGUUUUACACCAAUAUCUAACAAAAGAAAAAUGUGAAAAAUCGUCAACCCCGACCAACCCUGGCCGCCAAGAGCCAAGUUGCGCGCGUUCGGAGUGAAAUCUCGAGAUGUUAGGUUUAGAAAUUCUAACUUUUUUUGUGGCAUCGUGUAGAAAAGCAUACUGGAGGGCAUAUUCCAUGGAAGCAAUCACGAUGCGAUUCUAUGCCCGACGACCAGGGUGACCGAAAAAAACCGACUUUCCAAACACAAAAAAUUACCGUAACUCGAAAAUGCUUACAGUAACCCCAGUUGGUGUGUACUGUAAAAGUUUCCUAAAAAUUUGGAUUACCUAUCGAUUGAUAUAUCACUUGCCUAGUAAAAAAACCCCUCAAUACUUAGAUACGCAGGUGCCCACCUGCCUACCGUAACCCGGCUACAGUAGGGGGAAAUGGCUCAAAAAGUUGGGUCCGCAUUUCUGAUGAUGGGUUAUCACACUGGAUGAAGUUUCAUGAGAAUCAAAAAAUAUUUUUUUUUAUUGUACCCGUUGCUUUUGAGACUUUUUGAAAAUUACAGAGACAGCGUGUUAAAUGCACUAAAUAGCGGGCGCUGAUUAGAAACAAACCAAGGAAAAUAAUAUAAGACGAAAAGAACCUUUGAGUCGCGCCCUCGUUAGAAAAAAUAUCAUAAUCAAUCGAAAAUCCCCUAAUUUCUCAGCCAAUGUUAUACUGACGGCCGCAUUUUGUCUGAUCGCCUCCCGAUCAAUCAUCAACUGCCGGCAAUUUCUGCGCGACGCCUUGCCAACGCGUUUCGAGCAGCUUCCGCCCACUUAUAAGGUCUUCAUGGAACAGUCGACGGAGGUCGUUCGACGAUUUUCUGACCAAAAUGUGGGUUUUUGAGAGGAUUUUUUAAGGAGAAAUGCGUUGAUUUUGCAUUGAAAGCAUUAAGAGAAAGGUUUCGAAGUCAUUUCGAAAACAAUAAUAAAUAUUUCCUGUCGAGAAAUUUUUUAAUUUAGAUUUGAUUCGAAUAAGAAUAUAGCCUUCUUCGGGAGAAAACUAACUUCUUAACAGUAAAGACUUUUGAGUUUUCCAGUACUUUUCUUAAGGAUUUUGAAGCUGAAAAAUCUAUCUAUUUUCCAGACACCUCAACUUGGAAUAACGAUAAAUCAGUUGAUUAUUGAGCCCGGGAAUGUUAUCAUUGAAGGUUGGUACAUAUCCUCCCGAAUAUUGAACUCGAAUAUUUUUGAGGUGAUCUUUUCCUGAUCAUUACCAGCGGGAGCAAUGAAAUGAAGAAGUUCGAGUUCAACGCGGGCGCCAGCAGGUAAUUUCCGUGUUGAUUUAUUUUUUUAUAGUUUGAAUUGGGGCUUCACUAAUCGGAAUUUGAUAUUUAGUUAGUUGUCCCUGUGUUGCGGCUGUUUUAAAAAUUCCGCCCUGAUUGAAAUUUAAAAAAAAAAAAAAAAAGAUUCGAUACUUUAACAUAAAAUUGAUGAAAAAUUUUGAAAAAUUGACCCAAAAACUUGUUCUUAUUCAGUACAGUGCUUUCGAAAUAUUUUUUUCUCAGGCCUUUCAUUUCAUUCCCGACGGAGUAAGAAGUUUAAUCGAACUUAAAUGUCAUACUCCGAGAUAAUAUGAAAAAAAUCAGAAUUAAUUUGCUUCCUGCAACGUUUCAAGUUUAAACAACAAUUCGAUUCAAUUCAAUUUAAUUCAAUUUAAACAACGUUUUGAGAAAAACAGUUUUCAGCUUUUUUUAAGGAAGAAGCUCUUGUCAAGUUGAGGGGAAUAUCAUUUUAUUGGCAUUAACUAAAAAAAUUCAAUUUUUUUGAUAGAAGAUCCUGUCAAAAAAACUGGAUAGAUGAACUAUUUUAAGACCGUCUUUUUCGAAAAAUAAAAUUGGAAAUUGUAUAGUUUUAGAAUGUUUGGUUCUUUAUCUGGUACAUCGUGGAGUAUUCUGGGGAAUUUUCGGAACCUUUCAAAGUAAAAAAAAACCCUCUGAAACUUAUAUUUUUUAGUAGAAAAUUUCAUUUCAAAUUCCAAAUUUGUAGAAUUACCUGAUGGAGUGUCGGUUUAGAGGCGGAUUAGGAGCCGCUCAGAUCAAAUUCUGAGGAGGUUGCCGGAUUUCGGUAAAUUCAAAACCUUUUCUUUUGGAUGUUAUUUCCCUUUUCUCUGUCUUUUUUUUCGGCUUUGAGGCCAUUAGAAGGGGACGUUCAUCAAAAGUUCUAAUAAACAUUUCCUUGAGAGAAAAAUAAUUAUUAGACUAAAUGAGUAAACAAAUAGUGAUAAAUGACCUAUCUGAUUGAUUCUCAGUUGAAAAGGGGAUUUAGGAGCCGCUCGGGUCAGAUUUCGGUGGAAGUCGGCGGAUGUCGGGCGAUCGACGACGUGACCAUCGCCGUCGGACACCGCGAUAAUAGCCGCCCGGUGCACGAAUGGGUCUGCCCCGCAUUUUCCGCCGCAAAACAACUCAUUUUCCGUUCCGAGUGCAGAAAUCGAUGAUGACCUGUCGGCUCAACACCCAGCUUCUGCAUCCCGAUGACGACGACGUCGCCAUCUCUCACCACGACAUGGACCUUUCCCCUCUGAUACCGAGGCCUGCCAAUGAUCUCAGGUUUGAUCUCAGCUUAUCCAAGUGAGACAUAAAAAUCAUAAUUUUGUACAAUAAGGGAGAAAAAUUGCCCUGGAGAAUGCUCUGGAUUAUAUGCGACUUUUUGAAAAGUGUUAGAAAAAGUCAUAACCUUGUAGGGGGAAAAAUAUCAGGAGCAUUGUUUUUUUUAUCAUUGUUUUGCAUUUUUAUGAAGUGCUAACUGCUAGGCUUCCAUUUGAAAAAAAAAUGGGAAAAAAAAGAAAAAAAUUUUGAAAAUUUUGUUAGCUUUCCAAAAAUCUCAAUCUUUAGGCCUCUAUCAUUCUGAUUUCUGGCCAUGGUUUUUCAAUAUUUUGAAAGUUAUGAAAAAAAUUUUGAAUGUAAUUUUUGGGUUAAACCGCGGAAUAUGUGGAAAUUUUUUAGCCAUGCGAUUCUAAACCUUUUUUCCUUUUUGUUUUCAAAAUUUCAAUCUAUUUUUGUAUUAUGUAAAGGAACUAUUUAGUGGGGUUUUUUUCAAAGUUUUUUUCUCUGAAGCUCUCAACUCAAGAUCACUCAAAAUAUAUGCAAAAUAUCAAAAAUAAACGGGAAAACUUGUCAUUAAAAUGAUAUUUUUUUUAUCAAAUUUCACUACAUUCUGACCAUUCUUCAUGCCACGACCUAGUAGAAAUUUUGCGCUGAUUUAAUGCUGUCCGAUAAGAAAAAUUGUAUAUAACAUUGCUAGAUACAUUACUAAGCUUUCUUUUGUUUUUAUAAUUUGAAGGCCACUACGUAGAAAUUUUGCGUCUACUUGUGGCUUUCAAAAGAAAUUUAUAUAAAAGCUCGUUAGAUCAAUUUUCAAGCUUUCUCAUAUUCUGACCGUUGUGUAACUAGUGAAAAUUCCGCGUUUACUCGAAUGGAAUUCGAUUCUCGCGGCACAGCUGACCUCGGCGUGUGCACUUUUACUAUAAACGGAGAGACGUCACACGGGGUUAUUGUCGAUUUUUGGGGAGGAUCCGGUUUCGCUUUUGGUCGUUCAUUUGGUUGAGUGGCUUUUCCUUCUCAGUGAAUCGGAGAAUGUCUAUUUUUGUGUAAUAAGUUCACUUCCCAGUAGUUUCGCUGCUUGUCUCAUUCUCAUUGUCUUUUGUUAAGGUUUAAAGUUUGAAAAGCAUUCUCGUAUAUUUUAUUCUGUCUCUUCAGCUCGUGGGGCAACUAGGAGACUUGAGCAGAUAUUAUUAUAGUUUUUUUUUUAUAUUUUUGUCAAUUAUUAAUAGAAAAAAAAAACUUUUUUUUCGCAAUUUUUCCGAAAUUUUCUCGCAUUAUGACACAAUUUUAAUGAAAAAUCGAGUUUUUAAAAUUUUUUUAAUAUUUCUAUUUCGAGUUUUUUCAACUUGAUAUUUCAAAUUAAAUACUUUGAAGUACUUUCUUUCAGAAUGAUCCUGAAAUUUACGACGAGAAAAGAGCCGACGAACUCCUUGAACUUCAAAUUUGAACGCUACCGACUUUUCUGUGUUCGAAACGAGAAGGAGCUCGGUUUUUUUUUUUAAAUCUCACGAAAUUCAAUUUUUUUUUUUGAUGUUUCAGAAGGUUAUCGAAAGUCUUAUGGGAAUCCCGAAGAGCUGGUCAACGAUAGAACGAGGAUUUUACCGCAGAAAAGAGAGGAAAAUCAGAAAAUUCAGCCGAAUUCCACGGAUUCCAACAGUUUCUUCGAUACACUUGAGUACGAUGGCGAAGAACGCAGCGAGAACUUGUUGGUAAGAUAAUUUCGGAGUGAAGCGGAUGAAAUUGGAAGAAAAAUCAACCAGAUGUAGAAAUUAGUCGAGUUUCGGAACUUGCAAAUGGAAAAUAUUCAGUUUUGAUAAUUUUUCUUGGGUUUCCAUGAUUUUUACAGGGGUUUUUUGUAGUUUCUGUUGAAAUUUAUUAGGCCUGAAACUCACAGAGAACUUUUUUUGAAAAACAGAUCGUCUUCCUAAAAAAAUUACAAUCUUUGAAAUUCAAGGCGCAUAAUUCUUGAAAAAAAGCAAUUUUAUUUUUUUCUUAUUAGUAAGAAGUUCUAGGGGCUGGAUUUAAAAAAAUAACCGAGUCUCCCUGUUUUAGAAAGUGUCAAAGAUGAUAUCCCUCAAAUUUUUUUCAAAAAAAUCAUUUUUUUCAAUAUUCCAGGACGAAGGAACCCACAAGACGGCCGAUCUUCUGGGCUCUUUCUCUUUGAACGAAGAGAGCCCGCAAAAACACGCGAGAGCUUCCCCUUCGAGCACGGAUAUCCGUGAUUUCGAACGGAUCGGAGGGACUCCUUUUGUCGUAGAGACGCCGAUUCUGACUUCUUCAACGCCCAGCUACAGCGAAGCUGUCUCUGGCCCCGCCAUCGACGAUCUUCUAGGAUUGGGUAAUUUUUUCGAGUCGCAUAGGAAAAAAAUAGUUAAUUUUGUUUAGAACGAAAUUUUGAAGUUAUUUUUUAGAAAUUUCCUUUUCUCUGCUUUUCUCAUAAGCCUCUGUACUGAAAAUAAAUAAUUCUUGAGAAUCAAGUCUAUACCUGAAAAAAAAAACUUUUUUCGUGACACUGAGCGUUAUUCUGCUCUUCAUCAGUCUUUGUAACAAGAAUUAAGCUUCAAAAAAACAUUUUGAGACCUCAUUUUUAAUUUUUAUGAGCGGUAGUUGUUUUUAAAAAAAUUUUUUUACCAGCAUUUGUAUAAUCAUCUCCGUUUUAUAGGCUCUGAAAGUUCGUCAAACAUGACGGCCCCAACCGCCGUCGGCUCGAGCCAAAGCAGCUCCACGAACUUGGCCGAUUUCGACUUCGGGCCGCCCCUGAAACCGGUGUCUUCAUCUUCGAACGUCUCUAACGGGACUUCCGCCACGACUUCUUGGGAAAACGACCUCCUUGGCAGCUUCUCACCACAAAAACCGACGGCCACACCUCCGAAUUCGACUUUUAGCAGUGCUACUAGUGCGUUGCAUGCCGAUAAAAGAAAAUUAAAUAACUUAGAAAAGGCCAAAAACAUGAAAAAGUCAGUCUCUAUCGAGUUAGAAUUUUUUUCAAUCGUAGUGGAUAGUUGUGUAAUGAAAAUAACUGUGAAACAGUGGAAGGACCAAAAAAAGUAUCGAUUCUUGAAGAUUCGAAGCCGGUGUCUCAAGUGAACUCCCAGUCGGACUUUGAGGCGUUUCUGUCGAAAUAUCCGGAGCCGGCGAGAACUUCGCCCAAUUUGCAGCAACAACAGCAACAGGCCCAGGCCAGAAGUACUCCCCCGCUUCAGAAGCAGACUUUUAACAAAGGUGGGGCUACAAAUCCGUGUAGAAUCUUGAUAUAAACUAUGCGAAAUGCGAAAAAAGCUUGAAGAAUUUCAUCUUGAAAAGGAGAGGAAUCGUUUUUUUUUAUAAUAAGUUCAUAAGGUUUUUUUUUACUUAGUCCUUUAGUUCUUGUCAAGAUUUCUUGAACUGAAAAAUGGGAUUAUUUUAUAAAUUGAUAAAAACUGCAGCGUUUCUUAUUUUUAUUUUUAUUUUAGUGACGUUGUCUUUUCAAUUUUUAUUUUAAAGGGAACUCGAUUUUUUUUUCAAAAAAGAACAGCUAAUUUUUCGUACUUUGGGCAGUUUUUGAAGUAAAUUCUUUCAUUCUAAUCUUUCGUCUUUUGGGGUUUUUUUGAACGAUGUUUACCUUUUUGUUACCUGUUAAAAUUCCUAGUUUCAAUUGCUUCUCUUGCAGAGAACUGAGUGAUAAUUUUAAAAACAAGACAUUUUUCAGUUCCCACCUACAAACCAGCCUUUGGCGAUGCGGCGCCUAAUGUCAAAGUCUCAUCGGAUGCGUUCAGCGAUUUGCUCAAUCAAGGGGUUUUUCGUGACAAAUUGAAGUGAAUUUAAUUCUCUUUUCCAGGGAUUCAAGCCAACAACAUGGGAUAACCAGAAAAAGUCGAUCGGAGCCCUUUUGAACGCUCAACAAUCAAAGAAUCUCACGCCGGAGGAGAUCAAGGUGAAGCGUAGCUCAAGUGGUCACUCAAGAGUGUUCAGCCAUUUUACAUGAUCUUCUUGUUAUAGCUCAUUCCGCGACAGCUUUUCGGGAUUUCUGUUUUCCACCGAGCUAAAGAACCCUUCCGGGAAGCUUUCUUUUGAUUUUCGUGACCUGCCUGUGUGUCUGCGCUUUUGAUAUAACGGAAAAUUAGGCCAAAUGAGAAGUAAAUGGGAAGAAAGGACAAGCCGGUGUGGAACUGGCUGUUCGAUCACUCAAGAGUGUUCAGAAACUUUUCAGGCAUUUAUUGUUACAAGUGGUCACUCAAGAGUAUUCACAAACCCUGUAAGCAUUCGUUUGUUCAAAUCUAUGAAAGUCUGGAGAAAAGGCCGAGAGAGUACUUAAGGCAACCGAAUAAAAAUUUUCCAUUUAAAUCCAGAAGCCUGUUUGAAAUCAUCCUUCCUGGUUGUUCUAAGAAAUUCGAUUCCGAUUUCAUGAUGCAGCAUAUUGAGUUGUGAAUUUCAAGAUCCGCGACUGGACCCAGGGCAAAGAAAGAAACGUCCGCGCUCUACUGGGAUCAUUACAAGAAGUUUUGUGGGAAGGCGCCGGUAAAUGGAAUCAGCCUUCAAUGGCAGACCUUCUGACGCCUGAUCAGGUAUAAAUAGUUUUUCUCUUGAUAAAAAAACAACCGUCGAUCAUUUUUAACCCAGAACUUUGUAAUUUUUUCUUCUCCUAAUCAUGAAGUUCCCUCUCAAUGCUCUCUGAGAAUCAUAGAAACUUUUUUUCAAACUUUGCUCUGUUAAGAUUUUUAGUUCUUAUCUUUUCAUCGCCUAGAAAGCUGCGAAUCAAAAAGAAAGUGAGGUUUUUCAAAGGCCAAAACUCUUGAAUUUUGGCAGAAAAGCUUCAGAAAAAAUGGAGGACAUGGUCAUUAAACUUACUUACUUUGAUACUUUGAUGGUCCAUCUUCGCUGAUGUUCUCAGCGUGGACCACACGUUCUCCAGGCGGCUCGGUCUUGCGCGACGGUCAUCCAGUGGCGGCCUGGCUGACUGAUGUUCUUGCGGAAGUAGUCCGUCCAUCUGGUCGGUGGGCGCCCGAGUGGGCGCUUGAUGUUUCUCGGAAUCCAGUGUGUUAAUCUCGUGGACCAGCGGUCGUCUUGUCUGCGGAUGA